AUGCUUCGGUCACUCCUUGGAUUAACCACCAAGCCUCACAAUCAUGAAGACGCAGAGAAGGAACUCGCUGAAGUCAUGGGCCUUUUCUCCAAAUACCCUUUGUACCUGGUAGAGACUGACAGGAACGAGUAUGAGAGACUUCAGGGCGAAAUUCGCUUGUACAAAGCAGGGGAGUCAACAGCAAAAGUUGCAAAACUGAGGAAUGUGAAUGUAAUUUUGAAUGACUGCAGAGCCCUCAAAUGCAGAGUUAAAAAGACGAUCAAUGAUCGUACAGUAAUUGUGGGAGGAGAAGUUUCAGCAUCCAUUGGCGUAGGUGGACUCGGAGGCCACCAGAAGUUAAACCCACCGCCUGCUAGAGACUCAGUAGGGACAAGGCCUAGCCACUCAAAUCAACCACCGAAGGUCGAGACCAGAGCGUCGCUCUCCACAACAUCGGCAGGCACGCUGGCCGCUGAUAAGGCUCAUUUCAAACCCCAGUCAGGCGUCCCUUCGCUUAACCCUCGUUCUGGCCUUCCUCAAACCCCUCGUAUGCCUGGACACGCUAACUUGAAGCAGGCAAUUUCGCAAGUCACGUCGGGAAUGUCGUAUGAAGUGGAUUCGAUGGUCAUGACUGGCACCAGCGCGAAGUGCCCAACUCUGAAUAUCGAUUCCUCGGAUUGUACCGGUGCUAAAAUCAUCUCGCACGGGCCACAAGUUGCUCCGCAGGUACCCCUGCCCGCUCUCCCUCGGCGAGCCGUCGGUAGGCGUGCACAACGGCAACCCCGUAACUUCAUGGCGAACGGAGGAUAUACGUGCAAUGGUUCUAUGAUUCUCUGCGAUUCCAGCGUGAUGGGCGCUACGUUGAAUGUCAACGCCACAAAUUCGUCUGGAGCUGUUUUUCACCGUGGUGCUCAUCCCACGAGAGCUUGAUGAAUAAGAAGGAUGGCGAUGAUGAUCAAUCCAUAUGGGGGGCACCAAAGACCUGGUCCUGGUCAAUGAUAUGUUCAACCGCUAUCAUCAAUAUAUUUUAGCCUUAAUAUGGGUAAUGGCAUAGAAUCUUCACAAUUGGUUUUCUUAUCGCAGGAGAG